UUCUCAGCCACAUUCUCCAAAAUUAAAACGAUGAAAAAGUAACAUCUGCUAACAGAUACUGGAUGAAACCGUGGAGAAAACCACACAAUAAAAAAUUUUCACAUGAGUUACUGAACAGCUGUUUCUUCAACGCGCUCAGUAAAAACAAAUUGGCGUGAACAGAAAUACACUAUACAAUCAAAAAUAACAAUUACAACUGGAACUUAAAACUCUGGGAUACAGCAUAGGAAGUGGAGAGGAAAAGCAAUGACGUCUUCAACUUAUCCCCCACUUAGGUAACUCAUAAUAUUGGGGGCAAGUGUUUGUAAUCCUAAUAGACUCUGACCCUAACCUAUGGCUCGCGUAUUUUGAGUAACCGUACUUAUGGCUUCGGGUUUCGGAACAACUUCUAAAACAUGCCAGAGGCUAUCGUGGCUAGCGAAGAGGUAUUAUUCAGAACAAGCUCUGCCGAAAAUAACAACGCACUAUACCAUCGUACCAAGAGAUAGUGACCCACGCUGGAAAGAUGUCAAUAUGGAACGCUAUGUUGAUGAGACAGACAUCCUCAUUGUUGGAGGUGGUCCAGCCGGAAUGUCUGCGGCAAUCCGCCUAAAACAGCUCGCAGAAAAAAGUGGAAAGGAGCUACGAGUAACUCUUGUAGAGAAAGCUGCAGAGAUAGGAGGGCAUAUUCUAUCUGGAGCAUGCAUUGAACCUGUAGCCCUUGAUGAACUUAUACCAGACUGGAAGGAAAAGGGAGCACCUCUUAAUACACCUGUUAAGGAAGACAAAUUUGCAUACCUUACAGAGAAAGGGAGGAUACCAGUCCCCAUCUUCAGCUGGAUGCCAAUGUACAAUCAUGGCAACUAUGUUGUCAGGCUGGGUCAUGUUGUUCGUUGGCUUGGGGAGCAGGCUGAGCAACUUGGUGUUGAAAUGUAUCCUGGGUAUGCAGCUUCAGAACUGCUGUUCCAUGAAGAUGGUAGCCUUAAGGGUGUUGCUACAAAUGAUGUAGGAAUAGCAAAAGAUGGUUCACCUAAGGAAACUUUUGAGCGUGGUAUGGAACUGCAUGCAAAGUGCACACUCUUUGCAGAAGGUUGCCAUGGGCAUUUAUCAAAGCAACUUUUUAAUAAAUACAAGCUACGUGAAAAUUGUGAAGCACAGACGUACGGCAUUGGAUUGAAGGAAGUAUGGGAAAUUGUACCAGAGAAACAUAAACCAGGCACUGUUGAACAUACUAUUGGAUGGCCAUUGGAUCGGCAUACGUAUGGUGGCUCAUUCCUGUAUCACCUUAAUGAACCAUCUCCUUUGGUCGCAGUUGGUUUUGUUAUUGGCUUAGACUAUACAAAUCCAUACAUAAGUCCCUUUAGGGAAUUUCAGAGGUUUAAACAACAUCCAUCUGUCAGACCCACAUUUGAAGGAGGAAAAAGGAUAGCCUAUGGUGCAAGAGCUUUGAAUGAAGGUGGAUUUCAAGCAGUACCAAAGCUAACAUUUCCUGGUGGAUGCCUUAUUGGUUGCGCUGCAGGCUUCUUAAAUGUUCCUAAAAUAAAGGGUACUCACUAUGCGAUGAAAAGUGGUAUGCUUGCUGCAGAAAGUAUCUUUGAGGCACUUGAUGAAACAUCGGAAACAACAGGCAUUGAACCAAAAUCUUAUGAGGAUAAAAUUAAGAAUAGUUGGAUUUGGUCAGAUUUAAAAAGUGUAAGAAAUAUACGCCCAUCAUUCCAUAAUCCAUUGGGAUUAUAUGGAGGGUUAAUGUACUCUGGCUUCAGUUUGGUGAUUGGAGGCCGAGAACCGUGGACAUUCAGUCAUGGUGAUCCUGACUGGAAACGACUGAAACCAGCUUCAGAAUGCAAGCCUGUGGAGUACCCUAAACCAGAUGGUGAAGUGAGUUUUGACUUGCUAACAUCAGUAGCUCUGACUGGAACUAAUCAUGAAGGUGACCAACCACCACACCUGACAUUGCGUGAUGAUACAGUGCCUGUUAAACGAAAUCUUGCCAUUUUUGAUGGUCCUGAGGGUCGCUUUUGUCCAGCAGGAGUGUAUGAAUUUGUUCCACUUGAAGAUGGCACUGGGCAGAGAUUGCAGAUAAAUGCACAAAACUGCAUCCACUGCAAAACUUGUGACAUUAAAGACCCAAGCCAGAACAUCAAUUGGGUGGUACCAGAAGGUGGUGGUGGACCAGCUUAUGAUGGAAUGUAAAUGCAGAGUACCACAUGGCAUCAUGCAGAGUCAGCAUCUUUUCAUCAAAGAUUACUGGUUAUCCGGUUAAAAUAAAUCACAUGCCUGUGUUUUUCUUUAUUUAUCUGACAUUUUUUUCAUUGUAUUGAGUUUUUGGCUUAUGACUUUAUGUUUAACUGAUCGGUGACUUUUGUGGCAUGAUUCUCACACUGAUAAUUAUAAUGUGUCAUUGCUUGUAAUCGUAUCAUUGUCAGUUCAAUAUAAUAUUACAUCUAAUGAAGUAUUUAUACAGAAAUAAUGAAAGUGAUCAUGUAUUUGCAGUGAUUCUUUAAACUCAAUUCAAACUGAGUUAAAUGAACAAUAAUUCAUUUGAAUAAUUUAUGACACAAAGAAACCUAAGCAACUUCUUCAACAUCUUUACAGUCAGCUUGUUAUCUUACAGAGUCAAAAUUUACUGGUAUUGGUCACUCUGAAGAUCAACAACAGAUUCCUACAGAAUGUUGAAUCAGACUACUUGUGAUUUCAGUGUAUGACCCUCUACAACGCACGAACCUGCAUGAUGCCAGCUUUGACUUCUUGCCUACAAAUCAGUACAAAUGAGCAACUGGUGCAAUAGAAUUAAUAAACUGUUAACCUCUUCACAA